AUUGCCAAAGAAAAUACUUAAAUUAAAUGUAAAAUAAAUUUUAUUGCCCACUUAAAAAUAUAUAUAUCUCAAAAGAGAGGGGAAGCAGAAAUUGUCCAAAAGAGGAGAAGGAGAAAGAAGAUGUUGAAAUUCUUGUCAAAAGUGAAAAUCGAAUUCAAUGCCUUAGAUCCACGCAUAGCUUCAUGUAUGGAGUUUUUGGCUCAAUGUAAUGCCCCUAAAGCCAAAGAAUCAAACCCAAGUUGUCAAGUUCAGGUCAAGCGACGCACUGAUGACCACCCACCCCAAAUCUCUGUCACUUUCGUCAAUGGAGUCGAACAGACCUAUGAUGCUACUUCUACACCCGCACAGAACAUCCGUACCAUGAUUCUUGAAAAGGGUCAGUACCUUGAGACUGAACAGAUGUUCCGUGAAGCUGGUGAGAAAUGGCCUGUUGUCAUUCCUGAUGAAGAGCUCAAACAACCAUUUCUUGGAAUAAAGCCAAAGAAAGCAGAAGAGAAGAAGCAGUAAUCACAGCUACUCUCACACCUAGCUUGUCUUCAGGGUAUUUUCUCUGUGUCAAAUAGGGGCAAAGCUAGUUUUUCUUGUUGGAUUUAUGUUAACAAGAAUAUUGGAUUUGUACUAGAUCAUGAACUUUUGAUGUCCAUUGUGUUGUGAGACUUUGAAAUGCCUUCCCAAUCCUCAUUUCUUCUAACCUCUAUCCCUGCAAAAUAAUAAUAUUUCCUUCCAAAAGGUUUGAUCUCA